UAGGGCGACAUUACACAUGGUUCGGUGCCCCUCCCUCCCUUUUCCAUUGGCCAUUAUAGAGUUGUCCUUCUAUGACUUCUCUUCUUUGGCGCAACCCAGUCAAUUCUAUAAUUAGUUUCAUCGUCAUCCCCUUCUUUCUUCCUUCCUCUAUACACAUAUAUAGAGAAAGAAAUCUAAAAUUAGGAGCUUGGGCUUUAAUCUCACCUCAUAAUUCACAAAGGAAAUCUCUAGAUUCUAGCUAUCACAGAGAGAGAGAGAGAGAGCGCAUGGAGGGACUGCAAAGGUCGACAAUAUCGUUUAGGAGGCAAGGUUCAUCGGGCUUGGUAUGGGAUGAUCCAUUAAACUUGUCAGGAGAGGUAAAUCAGAUGAAGAAGAAAGAAGGAACAGAUCAAUUCAGGACAAACAGGAAUGGCCAGUCCGGCGGCAAGGGUAGCGGUGGCGGCGGACGUGGGUACCGGACAGAAAGGAUGGUUUCACCUUCCAUGGAUCCGCCUUCUCCUAAGGUUUCAGGUUGUGGGUGCUGUGCGGUGUUUGGCAAGCCAGAGACUACUGCCAAAAGACCACCCACCUUCUGAUCUAUAUGAACAGAUCAAGUCAGUUCACCUAAAAGCUUCUCAAAGGCAAGAGAUGAAGAGAUGAGAUCAGGAAAGCUAAGUCUAUCCACAUAUAGUUACACCAUUAGCAUCUUUUUAAUUAGUUCUUUCUUAGUUAUGGUUUUUUAGUUUAAUUUUGUCGCAUGCUCCUCUUCCUUGUUACUCUUGUAAAUAUGGGUGUAUUUUUUGCUUGAGUACUGAGAUCUGAGAAAUGAUUUUGAUGUAUAAAACCUCAAUACUCAAGUUAAGAUUCUGUCUCUCUC